UGAUAAGAACACAGCCGGAAGUUGUGAUCUUUACUCAUUGUUGAUUUUUAGAAAAGACGUCAAAAGUCAGAGAGAAAAUAUUAACGAUUUCUUUGUACAUCAGGGAACUAAGUCACGAUGUUAGGAAAAAAUAUGGUGUUAGUUUUGGUUUUAUUCGUCAUCGGCACAGUGUCAGCAGCAAACAAUACGAGUGAGGCCCCUACCACUGAAAAACCAACCACCACCCCCAAACCUGUCCCCACCACUAGUGGUGCCCCCGUUACCACACCGUCACUGGAAGAAGAGUGUAGAAGACGAAAUUCAAGCUGUGAUACCUGUUUGAAAGAUGCAAAGUGUCUUUGGUGUAAAACCAACAGUAAAUGUGUGCCCUACCCCACAGGGGAUGUCCUCCCGAAGUCUUCACUGUGCUCCCUCUCAGAGGCUCGCUGGGGAGUUUGUUGGGUGAAUUUUGAGGCCCUGAUCAUUGCUAUGGGAGUGAUUGGAGGAGUUAUUGUCCUUGCCAUUACUGUAUGCAUCUGCUGCUGCUGCUGUUGCAAAAAGAACAACAAAAACAAAUAUGCCAAGGAAGACGAGAAGUGGGAGAGAAAGAAGAAGGAAAGACAGGAGAAGUCUAAUGAAAGGUAAUAUCACAUAGCUUUAGUCUGAAUAUUAGUA